AUGGCGCCUCUUAUUAACGAGAGCGACGACGACCAUGGCGCGCGUACGCACCUGGCCUUUCUAUCUACAAUGCUAGAGCGCGACUAUGGUAAGAGCCUACGCAACUGCCUGUUUGUUGUUGCAGACAACUGUGCUGUAAACAGGUUAUUAGCAACCCUAAUGGGCGUUCCAUUGGUGGGAUGCGCGAGCCACCGGCUCAAUUUGGCGGUUCAGGAUUAUCUGAGAGAUUACGAGGACGAUCUCAUUGUACUCCAAACUUUGAUGCGCAAGAUGAAGACCCUGAACUACGCUGCAGCCCUUCGUUUCAAAACUCCACUUCGGCCAAUCAUACGCCAGGACACGAGAUGGGGAUCGACCUAUGCAAUGGUCGAGCGCUAUUUCCGAAUUUCCGAAUAUCUACCUGUGGAAGACGACGACGUCGCGGAGCUGCUACCAAGUCCGAGGGCCAUCAAGCGCCUACGCGGCCUCCUGGUGGACCUGUCGCGAGUGCAGAACGUCAGCAAGGCGCUUCAGUCCGACAAAAUUACAAUGCUGGACGCACGAGUGUGGCUGGACGGCUUAAUUGACGUCGAACCAUCCUUCCACCAGUAUUUGGAGCCACGAGCUGAUAUUGUGCAUACCCCCGACUUCGAGAUUGCAUGCACGAAGGUUCUGGCAGGAGAUGCAGCUAAACUCACUCGAGCGCAGCGCCUCCUGCUUCAACCUUUUGAAAAACAGGAGUGUGAAUCGGAAGAAGAGAGUGAAGGAGAAUCAUUUGUUGCCCAGUUGCAACGAAAAAGGAAGCGAGCCCAACGAGUGCAGACGUAUGCUCUGCUUGCAGCUAUUCCGCCUACGUCAAACAUCGUUGAGCGAUUCUUCAGUCUUGCCCGUAUAACGUAUGGGCACGAACGUCAUCGCAUUGCUCCGUACACCCUCGAGAAAAUCCUUUUUCUCCGUGUUAACAAGCGCCUCUGGGACAUUCACACGGUAAAUGAAUGUCUUUAGCUGAUGAGCAAUUGACACUGCGGUUUUAGCAUGCAGUUUACGCAGGGAAUAUAUUGCAGU